AUGACCUACAAUAAACACGUGGCGAAUACUGCAAUAAAAAUUUUAAAUAUCUAUAAACAGCUUGCUAAAACUGCCAAAAUAACGUGGGGGCUCAACCCAGAAAUAAUUAGAACAAUUUAUGUAGCAGUGAUAGAACCGAUUGCUAUGUACGCCGCGAGCGUCUGGGCUGAAGCAUCAAAUAAAAUCUCCGUCCAAAAACAGUUAAAUGCGGUCCAGAGAGAGUUCGCACAAAAAAUAUCUAAAUCAUACAGGACGGUGUCGCUUCAUGCUGCCAUGGUGUUGGCCGGCUUGUUGCCUUUGGAUCUUCGAAUAAAAGAACAAGCACAACUUUACGAAAUAAAACGAGGAAGACCGGUAAACAACUUACCUGCAGACAGGAAAAUAGAAUCGAGGAUCAGCUUCAUGGAGUUUAUACACCCUUCACUCAGUGCCGGGAUUAGCUACUCCUGCCUUGAUGAUCUUUCUCCGGAAAAUAUAGAAAAAAAUAAAAUUGAAGGUAACGUGAUCUACACUGACGGAAGUAAGAUCGAAGGCAAGGUUGGAGCAGCGGUGUCCGUGUGGAAAAGUGGCGCAGAGAUAAAAUUCAUGAAGCUGAAACUGGAACCGUAUUGCUCUGUGUUCCAGGCAGAGAUGUGUGCCCUAGAAAAAGCUACUGGGUGGAUAUUAAAACAAAAAGACGAUAGGUAUUGCAUCCUAAGUGACUCUAGAUCUUCUUUGGACCUGAUCAAAAGUGGGAAUGUAUCCCACCCUCUAGCUUACAACAUAAGAAGGAACAUAAGGGCGGUACGGGACCAGGGCCGUAGUGUAGAGCUCUUUUGGAUAAAAGCCCAUGUAGGAAUCGAAGGCAACGAGCGCGCUGACGCACUGGCAAAAGAAGCGGCUUUAUUCAGUAAAAAAGCUCCUGAUUAUAGUGCAUUCCCAACAUCUUAUGCCAAGAGAAUUAUAAGAAACGAUACGCUGCAAAACUGGCAAAAAAGAUAUACCGAUGGCUCUACAGCGAGCACCACAAAAAUCUUUCUACCAGACGUUCACUCAGCCUAUAAAACAAUAAGAGACAUCAAAAUAAAUCCCAUAAUGACGCAGGUAAUAACGGGACACGGUGGUUUCUCCAAAUACUUGCAUGACUUCAAACUAAAAGACUGUGGAUUGUGUAAAUGUGACGCUGACAAAGAAGAAGAACCCAUCCAUCUUCUCACGGAAUGCCCGCGUUUCAUGAAAUGCAGAUAUGAGCUGGAAAUGCAAAUAGAUAAAAAUUUAACAAGAGAUGAAAUACAUAGUAUAUUAAAAGAUAAGUUGACUAGAGAAAAAUUUAUAAACUACGCAACAAAAAUAGCGAAAAUCAUAAUAAAAGAAAAUAAAACGAAGGACUGA